UUCGGUGUCGACGAAGCGUACCUCAUUGCUGCCUGGUUUGCAUCAUUUUGGUGGGGUUCGCACACUCUCCUGUUCAGCAUCACAGCGUAUGCUAUCCUUCGGCAUUCUGGUGUCAAGCACGUGUUCAAUGUGUUCACGGCAGCAGUACUACUACUCUACAUGAUUGCUACUGCUCAUAUGGCUAUUGUGCUACGGAAUCUUAUCAACGCUUUCAUAGUCUAUCGCGACACAAUUGGCCCAGACGCAUAUUAUGAGAACGUGGGCAGCGGGCUGUAUGUCUCUGCGCAGUUCCUGUACAUAUCCGGUAAACUCGUUUCUGAUUCUGUGGUUAUCUGGCGCCUAUGGAUCGUCUGGGGACAACAGUACUGGGCUGUUGCAUUGCCCAUCUGCUUGUGGAUCGGGACUGCGAUCUCGUCACUCGGUGCGGGCUCACAUCUAGCUCUACCCCACCCCGAGGCACAGUCGGUGAUUCGAUGGGGAUACGGCAUGUAUGUCACAUCCCUCGUAAUGAACAUCUAUGCAACCGCGCUGAUUGCAGGACGAAUAUGGUUCGUCAAUCGCAUGGCGAUAGCCAAGGACCAUCCAUAUUCGCGCCUCAUUCUGCUCAUCAUCGAGUCGGGCAGCUUCCUCGCCAUAGCGAAGAUCAUCGAAAUUUCCUUAUAUUGCAUUUCUCUCGACUCUGCGACUUCUCGUGACCAAUCUUGUUGGAUUUUGCUCGAUGUGAUGCCCCAAUUCAUGGGAAUCAUCCCGACGUUGAUUAUCCUAGCGGCCAAGAUCGGUUUAACCCGGAACGAUGACCACUACUCAACACAGACGAGACAUACUUACAGCAUAGCAUUUGCACCUGGCGACCAGGUUCAGCUACCGCGGACUGACCUCACAUCGUCGUCUCCAUACUUCGGAGAGCAUAUGAGCGGACCUACAGUGAAAGCCUUUUCCGGUACAGUGCUCUCUUCACGCCGACCUGCAGUGUGCAGAGAUAAUGUGUAG